CCGUUCCCAAUAAGUGACCCCCGGAACACAGAGGACAGUGGUGAACGUUGCUGGCGCGACCAGAGAACAGUUCAUCACGCUGACCACCUCAGGAGCAAGCCUUCCUCAGCCCCUCAACACCGUGACGACGUAGCAGCAUGGCCUCCAGGGCGGUGAUGACGGUGAUGGCGGUGGUGGUGGCGGUGAGCGAGGCCGCCGCCAUCCCUGCCUGGCGAUACGCGAAGCCCCUCAGCCUGCCCAAGACGAAGACAGGAGAAGUGCAGGAGUGGUGUGACGAUGUGCUAGGCUGCCUCUACCUCGAUGAGACCUGGGAGCUCGGGGCGCUGCGGCCGGUCAACCAGCUGCCAGACUCCCGGGAAAAGAUCGGCACCACCUUCAUGCUGCACACGCGAGCCAACCCAGCCAUCUAUGAGGAUAUCGUCAUCUCGGCAGACGAUCCCUCCACCAUCGACGCGACCACGUUCGACCCCAGCAAGCCGACCAAGAUUGUGACCCACGGCUUCAUCGACACGGGCUACCUCAAGUGGCUAAGGCAACUGUCUGAGGCACUCCUAGAAUACGGUGACUACAACGUCAUCCGCGUGGACUGGGGCGGCGGCUCCCUUCCCAUGUACUCCUCCGCCUGCGCCAACAUCAGGGUCGUGGGGUUGGAGAUGGCACGCCUCGUGAACUUCCUGGCAGACAACUAUGGUCUCGACCGCGGCAACGUGCACCUCGCCGGCCACUCCCUGGGCUCGCACGCAUCCGGCUACGCGGGUGAGAAGAUCGAAGGGUUGGGGCGCAUCACCGGCAUGGAUCCAGCGGGGCCUUACUUCACGGGUACGCCAAAUUUCGUACGUCUCGACCCGACUGACGCUGUAUUCGUGGACGCCAUACACACCGACGCAGACACCAUCCUCCUUCUGGGGUACGGCACGGAGCAGCCAAUGGGCAACCUGGACUUUUAUCCCAACUCCGGCCACGACCAACCCGGAUGUGACCCAGUGAACAUCGGCAUCGACAUGAUUGACGAUAUUGGCGAUGGGAUCCGUGAGCUCGCCGCCUGCAGCCACGCCCGAUCCUACGAGUUCUUCAAGGAUUCCCUCUACAAGCCGUGCCCGUACCUGGCUCACGAGUGCUUUGAUUACGACUCCUUUGAGCUGGGUCGUUGCGCGUCCUGCUCCGAUGACAACACCAAGUGCGCCUACAUGGGCAUCCGCGCCGAGGAGUACGUGGCCAAGGAGCGCGAGAACGUGAAGCUGUACCUCGACACGGGCAAGGACGCGCCCUACUGCUUGUACCAUUACCAGGUCAUCGUGGACACCGCCUCACCCAAGGAGGCCGAGGAUUGGGUGCAGGGACACCUCGACGUGACGCUGUACGGCGACAACGGAGAGAUAAUCGAGAACUUAAGGCUGACCGGCGAGCAUGAGCGGUUCGAGCACGGCCAGCCCAAGUACUUCAUGUUCAAGAGCACCACCGACCUGUCCCGCGUGAUCCGUGUGGUGGCUGAGUGGCACUAUGACGACACCCUGACCAACAUCGGGUCCUACUGCUGGAUGCUGCUCUGUAACCGCGCCCUCUACGUCCGCUCCAUCCAGAUCGCGCCCAUGGACUACUACCCGCAGACUGCCUUCCUGGACCACAGCCGCGUCCUGUGUAAGGUGAACAGCGACUACCUCGAGAUCAAAUCCGGCGACACGGCGAAUUUGGACUACGAUGAGUCUUGCGUCUUCUCCGUGUCGAACAGAGAGGCCACCUUGACGCCCUGACCCAGCUGCUUGACACACGGGAACGCUGCUGGCCUGGGCGGGGCUGAGGUGUUGGUAGCGGCGCCGAAGCCUAGGCCAGUGGGAGAGGGCAGGCAUUCGAAUAAGGGCGUGUUCGUUUCUCUGCGUCCAGAUAAGAAGUUUUUGUUGUUUUUGAUGUUUUGCAGCACGAAAACAAUAAAAAGUCUGAGCUAU